UACUCCAACAUGUCGGUUGUGAAACGAAUAUUCAAACGUUUCAAUAGCCUGCGAAUCGCUAGGUCUGUUUGAAUUGUUACACGAUAUUGUUUCACGAUAAGCACUAACGUUAAAAUAUAAAAAAUUGAAAAUUUUGUUCUUGCACGGUUCUUCCAUGCAAGAAAAAGUUGUAUAAUAUACUUUUGCUGCAUGUACUAACGUCUUGCAAAUGUCUUGCAUUUUAUAUUUAUAUGAAAUAUACGUCAUGUCUACGUUAACCUACUAUUACUUCUAACAUAAAUAUACGAUGAUGUAUUCGUAUUUUAUAUAAACGUUUUACGUUUUCGAUUGCGUCAUCAUAAUAUUCCGAAAAGUUCGCUUUGUCGUAUAGUAGCACUUGCAUGCUAGAAUGCAAUUUGAAGUGGAGCAUUCAUGAAUAAAAAAAAUAAAAAAUGUAUAUGUAAUGUAAGUUUUUCGAUAUAACAAUACUGGCAGUUAUUUAAUAAUUUUAGUGUCCAGCAGUAUUAGUCUUUAAUUUUCAUGAAAAGGCCCAUGGUUUGAAUGCGUGCAUACGCGAAAAUUUAUUUGUCAAAUUUAUACAAAAUGUCACGUUUGUGUAACAUAUGGUUUUAUUUAUGUAAAAAAGGCUUCAAAAAUUCGGAGACUUUGUUAAGCAGUCUGAAGCUUAAAAAGAUUAGCGAUUUAGAAAAUGUAUCUUAUCAAAGAAGUAUAGGUUAUGCACAAAUUUAUAAGAAAUUAGAGAAACAUUUUUACCCAUUGUACAAGUUACUAGAUACACUUAUGUUAAAUAAACAUUCUUCUGUAUUAAUGAAAACAAAGUUGAAGUUUAAUAAAUAUGACACUAACCCUACGAACAAAUAUAACAAAAAUUUGGGAUUCAUAUUGAGUGGAAUUGGAUUGACAGUAGUUCUCUGCAAGGCACAGAACCCAAAGCUAGAAAAGCAAUUUUUUUGGGCUGCAAAAAGUGGCGAUGUUUACGAAUUACAAAAAAAUAUAAAAGAAGGUGUUGAUGUAAAUGCACGUCAUCCGUUUGGAUGGACAGCAUUACAUGUUGCUGCUAUUAAUAAAAAUUUAGAGGUCAUACAAAUUUUAUUAAAGAUGGGUGCUGAUGUUAAUGUAGGAGAUGAAUUUAUCAAUGUUUAUAAAACAGCCAAAGAAAUGGGAAUACAUUCUUAUGAUGUGAUCAUGAUAAGAGAAGAUGAGUUUUCUGAUAUUUUGAGUACCAAAGCUAGCUUUAAAGGUUUUACACCUCUACAUUACGCUGUGUUAGCAGAUUCAAAAAGUUGUGUACAGGCAUUAUUGGAUGGAGGAGCAGAUCCAACAAUAGAAAAUGAGGCUGGUCAUCGUGCAAUAGAAUAUGCUAAAAAUGGAGCUCUUAAAGAAAUGCUAAAAAAUCAUGCUACAAAAUAUGAUCAAAUACUCAAGGAAAAGGAAAUAGAAGAACGUCGUAGAUUUCCAUUAGAACAACGCUUAAAACAACAUAUUGUUGGUCAAGAGGGAGCAAUAUCAAUUGUGGCAUCUACCAUUAGGAGAAAAGAAAACGGUUGGAUAGAUGGAGAACAUCCUCUGGUAUUCUUAUUCUUAGGUUCAUCUGGAAUUGGAAAAACUGAAUUGGCAAAACAAUUGGCUACCUACAUUCAUAAAAAUAAAAAGGAAGGAUUUAUUAGAUUGGAUAUGUCUGAAUAUCAAGAAAAGCAUGAAGUUGCCAAAUUAAUUGGAGCACCACCAGGAUAUGUCGGCCAUGAUGAGGGUGGACAAUUAACAAAACUUUUAAAAAAGUGUCCAAAUGCUGUUGUAUUAUUUGACGAGGUUGAUAAAGCUCAUCCUGAUGUGUUAACAGUACUACUACAGCUCUUUGACGAGGGAAGAUUAACAGAUGGCAAAGGAAAAACAAUUCAGUGCAAAGAUGCAACUUUUAUAAUGACGUCAAAUUUAGCAAGUGAAGUAAUUGCCAAGCACGCAAUGCAACUUAGAGAAGAAGCUCAACGAGUUUUAAAUCUCAGACUGGAUAAAAAUGCAGAGGAGGAUCAGACUCCAGAACAUAUUGAAAUAUCUCGUAAAUUUAAGGAUGAGGUGGUACGACCUGUAUUGAAAUCUCAUUUCCGAAGGGAUGAAUUUCUAGGAAGAAUAAAUGAAAUUGUUUAUUUUUUACCAUUUUCUCGAUCAGAGUUGAUAAAACUGGUAGCUAAAGAAUUAGAAGCCUGGGCGGUGCGUGCAAAAGAAAGACACAUGAUAGACUUGAAAUGGGAUAGGGAAGUUCUUUCAAUUUUAGCAGACGGAUAUGAUACUCAUUACGGUGCUCGUUCUAUUAAAUAUGAAGUCGAGAGGCGUGUUGUUAAUCAAUUAGCUGCUGCUUAUGAACGAGGCCAAAUAACAAAAGGAUGUUGCGUGUUACUUAAACCUAAAUGGCAUGAAAACGGUGCGACUAUAGCUUUAUCCGUGCGACCUCAAGGAGUAAAGGAUUUCGUCGACAUUGCUGAUACAGAUAACUUAAUCAAAAAUGUAAAUUCUGGUUUCUAAUACUGUAAAUAAUGAUAUCUAAUAUGUAAUUUUGUUAAACAUACAGUAUGAAACAUAGCUGAUCUCUAACGCAUUCAUAGGAGAGUUCAUAUUAGUUUAAGUAAAUAUAGUUACGCACAGAAGAUUAUUUUGCAGUAUUUAUUGUGUAUAGAUACAUGCUUCAUUUCUGAAAUAUAUUUUGUAAAAGAAACUACUCUGUUUAUUGUAACAUAAGAAUAUACGGCGGAUUAGAUUUGUAGUAUUUUUUUCAUUUUUAAAUUGUACAUAUGGAUUAUGUAUUAAAAAUAACAGUUAAUAUAUAACAGAAUCUAAAAAUACUUAAAAAUGAUUUGUUCAAUAUUGUUAGCUGUACCGAUUAAAGUUGUAAUUCCAAAUACAAUACCAGUGAAGUGAAAUGCAUAAUUUUGACGGAAAUAAGUAAUUCUUUAUUUUCAUUUGAAUCAUAAGGAUACAUUACAAGAAAAUAUCGGUUAUACAUCACAUUUAGGAUACAUUGUACAUUCUUUACCACGCAAUAAGACAAGAAACAUUCUCGAAAACACUCAGAAAACUUGCCUUGCUCUUCGAUAGGCUAGUAACGCUAUAAAUUGUAUUUCCUUGUUCAAUUGUUUGUACGAUAAUUGUAGUUCAGUCACAGUGAACAUUUCAUUUUUUGUUUGCCAUGUAGUGCAAGGCAAAUUCAGGUCCGACGAAAGGUAGUCUGUUGGUUUAAAAACUAUGCGAAAUAUCGUUGGACGAUCGUCGUCUACCGAAAUUGGUGUUCAAAGAUCGGUGGUAGAAACACGAUACGAACACGACGUUCACAGAAAGUUUUUAUAUUUCAUAUUUGUGCAAAUGAAGAGAUACAAAGUCAAUAUUUUUAUAUGUACAAGAUGCCUUUAAAAAUAAAGAUACUAUGCAGUAUAAAAUCUGAUUGGGAAAUACAUUCCGAGAUAAACUAAUUCAGAAGCGUAAAUC